UUAAAGGCAGACGAUGAGCACUACAUCCCGCGAGCCGUACUGCUGGACCUGGAGCCUCGAGUUAUCCACUCCAUCCUGAACUCCCCUUACGCCAACCUCUACAACCCUGAAAACAUCUACCUGUCGGAGCAUGGAGGGGGAGCUGGGAACAACUGGGCCAGUGGCUUCUCACAGGGAGAAAAAAUCCAUGAAGAUAUUUUUGAUAUAAUAGACAGAGAGGCUGAUGGAAGCGACAGUUUGGAAGGGUUUGUGCUUUGCCACUCCAUUGCCGGUGGAACGGGCUCCGGGCUGGGCUCCUACCUCCUGGAGAGACUGAAUGACAGGUAUCCCAAGAAGCUGGUGGAGACCUACUCAGUUUUCCCAAACCAGGAUGAGAUGAGCGAUGUUGUAGUGCAGCCGUACAACUCUCUGCUGACGCUGAAGAGGCUGACUCAGAACGCUGACUGCGUGGUGGUUCUGGACAACACGGCCUUGAAUCGGAUCGCGACAGACCGGCUGCACAUUCAGAACCCAUCGUUCUCUCAGAUCAACCAGCUGGUGAGAAGACUUCUCUCAGCUGCCACACUCACCUUGUCACAUCCGUCAGUCCCACGCUCUCGGUAUGUGAUGAGAAGAUUGCUGCAGCCCAAAAACGUGAUGGUGUCCACAGGGCGAGACAGGCAGACCAACCACUGCUACAUCGCCAUCCUGAACAUCAUCCAGGGGGAGGUGGAUCCCACGCAGGUUCACAAGAGUCUGCAGCGGAUCCGGGAGAGGAAGCUGGCCAACUUCAUCCCCUGGGGUCCUGCCAGCAUCCAGGUGGCUUUGUCUCGCAAGUCCCCCUACCUGCCAUCUGCACACCGUGUCAGCGGCCUCAUGAUGGCAAACCAUACC